AUGAAGGAGGCAGAGAACCAAACUACUAGCGAGCAGAUUCUUCAGGAUGCCUUUUCUAUGAAAGAUUUGCCGUUGCAGAGGCCUAAACAAUCCAUCCAAGACCUAGAUGAGCUCAGAUCUUAUCAAUUGACUAAACGAAAAGAAUAUGAACAACAAUUGAAUAAGAAUAGACUAAACUUUGGUCAGUGGCUUAGAUAUGCCAGAUGGGAAGUUGAACAUAAUCAUGACUUUGCUCGUGCAAGAUCGAUUUAUGAGAGAGCCUUAGAGGUGAAUAUCCAACAUAUCCCAUUCUGGACUCAUUAUAUUCAGUUUGAAUUGUCACAUAAAAAUAUAAACCACGCUCGUAACAUACUAGACCGCGGUGUGACAACUUUGCCUAGGGUUGACAAGCUAUGGUUCUUGUAUGUCCAGACUGAAGAAGCCUUGGGAAAUUAUCAAAUGGUGAGAAAUAUCUUUGAGCGAUGGAUUACUUGGAAACCAAAUCCGAAAGUUUGGGAUUCAUAUAUAAAUUUUGAAAAGAGGUACGAUGAAUUUGAAUACACUAGAAAUAUAUAUGUUCGCUAUGUUCAAAAUUAUGGAACCAGCAAUAUAUGGUUGAAGUGGAUUGAUUUCGAAUUGAACGAAAUGCCAAAUAAUCGUGUGCAAAUAAUUAGGAACGUGUUUGAAUUAGCAGCCGAUAACCUUUUGAAGAAUAUAACUGGCAACUCGUCCGAUGACCUACUCCCGGUUAUAAUAAGCAAGUGGUCACAAUGGGAGUCGUCGGUAAAUGAAUACGAUCGGGCUAGGGCAAUUUAUCAAAUUCUAUUAUCAGGCAAAAUUCAUAUCCCGGAAAACCUUCGGGAAUCCAUUUAUCAAAAAUAUACAGAGUUUGAAAAAACACAUGGAGACAAGAACUCAAUUGAAUCAAGUAUUACUUUGAAAAGACAAUUAAAAUACGAAAACGAGGUUGCAUCAAAUCCUCACGAUUAUGAUUCUUGGUGGGCUCUUCUUAAUUUGCUCGAGAAGUCUUCUGACUCGGACAAAAUACGAUCAACUUACCAAAAUGCAUUGGAGCCACCCCUUGAUAAUUAUAAAUCAUUUGUUUGGAAAAGGUACAUUUUCCUAUGGAUAAGAUAUGCAUUAUGGCUAGAAUUCGAAUUAAAAGACAUAGACGGUGCACGCGAAGCAUGGAGAUCAUGUGUAAAGACCCUUCCCCAUCAAUCUUUUUCAUUCGGCAAAGUUUGGAUCCAUUUUGCUAAUUUUGAAAUUAGAAAUGGCAAUGACGAAGGUCUAUCGAAUGGAAGAAAAAUACUUGGUAGAGCUAUAGGUCAAACAAGUAAUAAACCUAAAAGGAAGAUUUUUGAUUAUUAUAUUAGCUUGGAGAAAAAAUUAGGUGAAUGGGAUAGAUGUCGAACCUUAUAUGAAAGAUGGGUAGAGGUGUUGAUUUUGAGUAACCAGAAGGCGUCUGAUGUUCUAAGCCAGUACAUAGAAUUCGAAAAAUCUUUGAAUGAAUCUGACAGGGUCAUUGCUCUCUACCAGUUUGGAAUAUCAAGUACAGAGAAUCUAGACCUCCAGCUAAAAGUUAAGAAUGAGCUUGAAUUGGGUUUGAUCGAAUUUUAUAAAGAAGAAUUUAGAUACGACGAGGCCCGUGAGUUAUACAAAGACUUAAUCGAAAAGUCAAAUGAAUCACAGCUAUGGAUAUCGUUUGCUUUAUUUGAAUCAUCUAUCUUAACAACUGAUCAACUAGAAGUUUUAGAACAAUCAGAUGAAUCAAAUGAGUUGGAAUUCGUUAUAAAUGAUACCCAUAAAGAAAAUACUCGGAAGAUCUUUCAACAAGCAUUGGAUCACCCUGAUCAACUGAAUGAAAAUAAAAUUAGUAUAUUAGAAGAAUGGCAACGUUAUGAAGCUGCCCACGGGGAUGACAAUUCUCUCAAAUCGGUAGAAGACAAAAUGCCUACCAUUGUGAAGAGAAGAAGGCUUAUAGAUGGUAAUGAAACAGAGUAUCUAGAUUUCAUCUUCCCAGAAGUAAAACCUAAAACUCCUGGGUUGAGUAAAUUUUUAGAAAAUGCCAAAAAAUGGGCAAUUCAGAAUAAAUAA